AUGGAUUUAUGUAUGAAUCAAAUGAAUUUAUUACAGAAGGCUUUAACUGGACAACAAAAUCAGUUAAAGUCAAGAAUCAGUGAUGCUUUCCUCCUAUCUGAACAACUGGAGCAAUUAGAAACAUGGAUAACUACUGAAGCUAUUCCACCUGUGAAUGAAGCUUUAGCGCAAGAUGGAAACUACUUGGAGGAAAAACCACUUCCAUUGGUAACUCAACAACAAAAGCUACAAGAUAUUAUACAAUCAACUCAUGAUAAACAACAUCAAUUGAGUUCUCUUGUGAAAAAGUUAGAUGAUAUCAAAAAAUCAAAUUAUAAAUCGUCUGUUGAUGAUAAUCAACAAAAGAAGUUGUCUGACACUGCAAAUAUUUUACAGAAUAAGCUUAACAAACUAGAGAAUGGUGCUAAAACGAAACUAACUCAAGUUGAUGAGGUUCAGAAGGCUUAUUCUACUGCACAAAAUUCAAUUGAUGCUAUUAAACUAUCAUGCGACGAUCUGGAAACCCGGUGGUUAAACCUACAACAAGUUUUAUCUACUAUGGAAGUGAAAGACUUGUUGAAAGCGUCAUCUUCAACAUCUCCGCCAUCUUCGCCAUCUCUUACAAGAUCAUCAAAUCAAUUGAAACAGAUACGUGGUCAAAUGAUUGAACUUCAAGCUGAACUACUAGAAUUAACAAAUUAUUCACUAACUGCUUCAUCAAGAGAAGAUUCCAGUGUAAGCCUGCUUCAUGACUUAAAUCUGUUAGAGUCAACACUACAAUCAGCUGAUGACCAUAAGCCAAAACAGUCAAUCAGUAAACUUUUAGACGAUUUGCAACUAACAAACAAACGAUUAGAAACUAUUGGACAAGCGUUAGAAGUGAACUUUGAAAUGUUUCAGAUUAAAGAUAUGGAUCCAUUUUCAAUACAUUUUAUUAAGAAAUUAAAUUAUAUUUAUGCAGAAUUACAAAGUAUUCAGUCGAAUGUCAAUGAAAAUGAGAAAAUAGCUAAUUUAAAUUCAGAAACAACAAAACAAAGAAUUGGAUAUUUUGAAGAGUUAUUAAAGCAGCUUAACGAUUGUAAACAAAAUUUGAACGAUACACGUAUUGAUUUAGCGGGUAAAAUGACAUCAUUGUCUGAUGAAAAGAAGCUUAACCCAAUUUACUCGAAUUUCCUAACUACCCUGAAUCAAUAUGAUACUCAAUGUAAUAACGUGGAUAAACAAAUUACUCAACUUAUUUCCGCCUUAAAUAGUCGUGUAAAACAAACGGAACAAUUGGCAACACUUCGUCAAAAUGUUAACAGUUCAUUGAAGAAAGUUAGAGAGUCUCGUCAACUAUCUCCUACUAAAGAAUUUAACCAAACAGAACUCGAUGAACUGAAUUCUAAUAUGCGAUCAUUAAAACAGCUAAGUGAAGAACUUUGUAAACCAUCAAAUGCCUUACACGAUAAUCAGAUUAGUUCAAAUCAAUUAGAGUAUGAAAUUAAAUCCCUGGAGAAUGUGAUUCAUGAAGAACUAGCCAGUCUGUCAACUGAUAUAUCAACCGAGAAACGGGGUGAAAGACUUAUAUCACACCUACGUGAUACUCUGAUUGAGGUUCAACAUGAUCUUCAUAUACUAGCUACCCACUCAACUUCACCAGAUCUUUUAUCAACUGACAAAAGUACGAUUACCUCACUACUCGAUGGCUACCAUACACUGAAUAGCCGUAUACUAGCGAGAAAUAAUAGCUUUGAACAGUUAGACAAAUUAAUACAAUCCAUCAGUAAUGUUCCACAUCAAAAUAUAUUGAAUUCUGAGAGAGAUCUGCUAAAAUCUGACUAUGAUUCUGUUCAUAAAGAGAUACAAUUCAAUUUGAAUAAGUUUCGUUUAGCCAAUGAUAGCGAAAAAUUGUUCAAUGUACGGAUGCAUGAAAUAUCGAAAUGGAUAAAACAAAAACAAGAUUAUCUGAAUACACCACCGUUGAUACAAAUGACUAAGACAACACCAGGAAAUACAACAAUUCUAUCUGAUCUUAGUGAAGAGUUAAAAAAAUUAAAAAGUUUAUCAGAAGAUAUUGAAAAUUAUCGUUCAAAUAUUGAGGAAAUAAAGUUAAGUGGUGAUCGUCUGUGCAAAUCUGGAGGAUUUCUUGUGAAUGAAGAUUCCAUUCAAAACCGUUUAGUAAAUCUAAGUGAUGUCUAUGAAGAACUGAAAUCGGAUACUAAACGAAAAUUGAUCAUUGUAGAAUCAACUCUACCUGUAGCCCAGUGUUUAACAUCUGCUGUGAACACACUUAGCUUACGUAUGCCGACAGCUGAAUCACGUUUGGAUACCCUUCUUCAAAAUGAUGCUGCACAACUGUACCCAGCACAAAUGCAAAAAUCAUUGAUAGACCAGUUGGAAUUUGAAAUGGUCAACGCACUGGAACUACAGUAUCAACAAGUUCACAACUACUGGAAUCAAUUAAAACAAAUUUGUAAACCGAUUGAUUUGUUUACCAACCCUUCAGUGUUGAGAACCGCCCAUCUACCUCGUCGUUCCGAUGAAAAACUUGGACAUGUAGAACAAAUUGAUAAUGAAUUAAAACGGUAUGAUGAGUUCAAUCAAAAGCUAACUGAUUUAGCCAAGGCCGUUGGAAGUAAUCGUCAAAAAGCAAUACAAUUAAUGGAUAAAUUAGAGCCGAUAUCUGAAUGGUUAGAUUUAGCACUGAAACGCUGGGAUCCGAAAAUAUCUGAUACGCCUUCGUUGGAUUGGGAUACUUACCUAGAUGAAAGUAGCUUCAUGACUGAUGAACCACCAGAACAGAUGCCAACAUUGAAUUCUCUUGGUACAGAAUAUCCGUAUUUAGCUAUUUUACCAUGUCAACCUGAGAUGCUUGACAAACUUCAUAAAAGGAUGGAAGAAUUUCAAGAAAAGUGGAAAAAGCGUCAAAGCGAACUCAACAAACUGUUUGAUCAAAUCUAUGAUGUCAUACAAUCGUCAACAGGUCCAGCUAGUCAUGCAAUAAUAACAAGUGGGACCACUGUUAUGUCUUCUUCCGCUGCUGCUUCCCUCAAUGACUCACCAACCAGUAAACCAAACAAGUCUUUUAUUCCAUUUACAACAGAUAAAUUUUACCAUGAAUUAGGUGAUCUUGUGUCAAGUGUUUCAAAGCAAGUAAUUUCACUUGAUAAUCGUUUAAGUCAAACAGAAAUUCGAUAUGCUGAAGUUUACCCACUGGCCAAAUAUUUUACAAAGGAUAUGAAUGAAUUUCAACAGUGGUUUCAACAGAUUGAAAUAAAAUAUGAAAAUGUUAGCAGCUUGCCACAUCCUGAUGAUGCUGGUGAUGAAUUGGGUGGUAAUCGAAAACGAUUAGAAAUGAUUAAGAGUUUAGAUGAGGAGGUCGACCGUCAAAAGUCGGUACUGGAUAGAAUCAUAAGAACAAGUGGACCUUUACUAUCCUUGAUUGCUCCAACUGAAGCUACUGCUGUACGUUCACAGAUUAAACAAAUUUGUGAUUCAUAUGGUAAUUUACGUAAAUUGAUUAAGAGUCGAGUGAUCAAUGCAGAGAGUGGCUUAAAACAGUCGGAUGAAUUUGUGGAACAGUUACAUUCAAUGACAGAUCUAUUCGCUGCUAUAUCAGAACAAGCUAUUCGCUUAGGUGUUCCACUAGAAAUAACUGGUACAACUGUUAGACCGUCCAUAUUGCCUAACUUCCAUAAUGAGACUCCAGAACAAUUACUUGACCAACAUCAAGCUUUAGAUAUGCUGGGUAGGAUACACUCAAUGACAAGUGUUCAACCAGAUCAUUUAGAAGAACAUAUUAGUGGAACGUCAGCCCUAAUGGAGGCAUUAGAAUCUCGUCUACCUGAAUUGGAAGCGCUUACUGUAAAUAUUCGAGCUCAGUUAGAAGCCAAACCCUGUGUCAAGGAAUCAACCACAAAGCGUGAAUCAGGAACAGUUGAAUUAAUUGAAUCGGUCGACAUCGAAGCAGUUUUGAAAAGCGCUGAAAAACUACAGACAGACUGGAUACAUUUACAAAAUAAAUUAACUUCACGUGUUAACACAUUACAGUCAGCCUACAGAACAUCAUCAGAGCAAUUUUGGCCAGUUAUAAGUGAUUUGAGAAAUAAUUUAGAUAAAAUUAACGCAUCUUUAAGCAUUAUUGCAUCAGGUUGCAGCUGGAAUGAUCCAUGUACUCGACGUGACCCACUUGAUCCAAACAGCUACAAAGAACAAUACAAUGAGUUAAGUGAAUUAAGAAAAGAACUGAAUGAUGUCAGUCAGCAACUGAAUAAUUCACAUGAAGCUGGACAACGCUUGAUUUGUUUAAUUAAUGGUCAAGUUGAAGAUGAUUCGGUAACACCAACAACAGGCAGUUUUAGUUUAAGACGAGAUGAAGAGCAAGCUAUACGCAAUGAAGUAGAUUAUGCUCUACAUGGCUUAAAAGUACAACAAGAACAUCUGAUUAAUAAAUGUGAACGUUUAACUAAAGAACUCAAUGAACGUGAAUUGUGCGCCUCACGAUUUAAGUCUGAUUUAGAAGAUCUACUAAAAUGGUUAUCAGAACAAGAAAAUAUGUGGGAUAAUUUUGCACCUAUAUCAAACAGUGUUGACGUUGUAACAAGACAACUGAAUGAGAUUGUUAGAUGGAAUGAUAAUUUAAUGAAUAAACACUCUGAAAUAGAAGCAUUAAACUGGUCAGCCGGGAAAUUAAUGUCGAAUUCAGAUAACGAACGUUUUACGCUGGAUGAUGCAAAUGACGAUACCUCAUUCCCAGUUCAACAUAAUUCAUCAUUACAGUCUGAUUUGACUACAGCUAAUCGACGAUGGGAUAAUUUACUAGACUCAGGAAAUAGCAGGCGUCAUCGCCUACAGACUGUUCUUCUUGGUUUAGGUGAAUUUGAAGGUGCUGUGAAUGGAUUAGUUAAAUGGAUUAAUCAAAUGCAAACAACUGUUGAUCAAAUACCUGUACGUCGUGGAAAUAUUCGAGCAUUAGAAGCUGAUUUAGCGCGUAUCAAAGUCAUUCAUCACAAUGUCAACAGUCAUCAGUUAGCUGUUGUAAGAAUACAAGAACAAGCAAGAAAAGUAGAAUAUAAUGAUUAUAAGCAAAGAGAUAAAUCGCCUGCAAAUGAUACCAACAAAGAUGCAUGGGAAUAUUUGAAGGCAAGUGUGCGCAAUAAACAAGCUGCACUAGAGGAAGCAUUGAGUGAGACCUUUAAUUUUCAUGAUCAACUGGAUAAACUUAUACGCCGUACUCGUCAGUUAAAGAAUCGGAUGCCACCACCAGGUGCACGGAUGAUGGGUGGUUUGCCUGACAGUGCACGUGAUCAACUCCGUCGAUUUAUGGAAGUUUACGAUGAACUAGUCCAAGUUGGAACAGAGCUUGAUGAAUUGCGUCGGAAUUCAGCUGCCCUACUAGUAAAUCAAUCUACAAUAGAAUCAGCUGACCAGUUAACUACGAAUCUGGACCGUUUCUCUGAUCAUCAUACACAACUAUUACAGCAGGCUCAAAGUAUUCGUGAGCGCAUGGAAUUAGGCUUGAAACAAGUGGAAGAGUUUCAUGAUCACUUAUCUCAAAUGAUGCAGUGGUUAACACAAAUGGAACGUGCUAUUAUCCAACAGAAACCAGUUAGCCGAAUUGUAGCUCGCCUAUUUCAGCUAAUCCGUGACCAUACUGAAUUGCGUAAAGAAAUCACUGGACAUCGUGAUGCUUUAAUCAACUUGGAUCGGCUAGGCAGUCAAAUUCAAUGUCAAGCGCAAAAACAAGAUGUUAUCUUAGUGAAAAAUCUUUUGUCUAGCAUUCAUACUAGGUGGGAACAACUGGUUUCUCGUAGUGCAGAACGUACACGUCAACUAAAUACUGGUCUCAAGGAGGCUAGUAAUUUCCUUGAUAACUGGACAUUACUAACCGAUUGGCUAAAGGAACAGUUAGUCUCAUUAGAAGAGGAUGGUGACCGUGUAGCUACAAGACCAGAAAAAGUAGCCUACCAACUAGCUGUACAUCGUGAAUUACAACGACAGCUGAGCACACGUACUGUAACUUACGAUGGAGUACGACGUUAUGCUAGACAGCUACGUGACAGAGCCCCAGUGUGUGAUCAUGAUGAACUCGAUGAUAUGGUUAGUGAACUGAAACAUUUGUGGCAGGCAGUAUGUACGAAAGCACUAGCAAGACAACGUAUUUUAGAACAAGCUCUCCUAGCAUCUGGUCUAUAUAAAGAAGCGUUAGAAGCGUUACUUGAUUGGCUAGGAAAAAUUGAACCACAGCUUGCUGAACAACAGACUGGAAAUUAUGGUGAUGUGGAUACUGUUGAGCAAUUGUUGGAGUCACAUCAUUGUUUCAAGGCCGAAUUGGAGCAACGUGCAACAUCGGUGAAAUUGAUACGUCAAGCCGCCAAUGAUUUAAUGACCAAAGCUGCGUCAUCCACAGACUCAGGAAUCUGUCCAUCUACUGGAAAUCAAGCUGAUGUGAUUGCUAUGCAAGCUCAGUUGAAUCACUUGACAAAAAUAUGGGAUCGUGUUCAGAAUUUAACUCAACGUCGAAGUGAACGACUAGAUCAAGCCUUAAAAAUGGCUGAACAGUUUCAAGAUACUUGCCGAAGCUUAAUGGAUUAUUUUGCUGGUGCAGAACGCGUCAUCCAUCGCUUAGCUGCUUUGCCUACUUUUGAUGAUGAUGGUGACCUAGAAGAUGAAACUGUUGGGGCUAAUGCCAACAGUCCACCUACUAAUUUAACUAAUGCAAUCGUAGCUCAUCAGCAAACGCAUACUAAUUUGAUGAAUCAAGCUGAUCGAGUGGAAGCAGCUUUACAAUUAGGCAAUAGACUUUUAUCUCAAGCUCAUCCAGCAGCCGUGAAACGCUUACGUCAAUGGGUCAAUACUAUUCGGACACGUUGGGAGGAGUUAACAUCUUGGUCUGAACAACGUGGAGAACGUUUACAACAAGCUUUAGAAGAACAGCAUAAGAGGAAAAUUCAACGGGAAGAACUCAUGGAAUGGAUUCAUGCAAAAAUUAAUAAGUUAAAAACUAUCCCAUUAUCGUUACCUGUAUCAGUAUCAUCCUCAUCAACUAAUCUGCACUCAGCUAAGAGUAAACUUGACUCUGAUGAUUCUAGUCACAGUAGGCAAUCAAUCGAUUCUAAAGAUUUAUUUCCUGCCACCCAAGAGCGUGUUGCUUUGUCUUCUACAGUCUCCUCAAUUCCUCUGCCUAGUGGUAGUAAUGUAGGUAACAUAGAUUUGAAGCAAACUGAAAGUAUCGUUGAUUCUACACUAAUAAUCAAUGAAAUUACUGAGGCGUCAGUUAUUGAAAAGCUACUCAGUUUGCACAGCCAACUAGAAGAGGAAGUUAAACAAAAACAACCAAUUUAUGAAGAUAUUAUAAAGCAUGCUAAACGGCGUACUCCAGUUAAAUCAUCAAAUACGCCUAGUAUACGUCGAGGUCGUCAAUCUAUGCGACCUAGUGGUACAUCGUUAAGUCGUACUUCUAAUACAGCAAAUCAACAACAGCAUAGUCCAUCUGUGUCUAUUUUCACUUCAUCAAAUAUUAACCAGUUAUAUUCAAGUUGGAGAGAAUUAUGGCUCGCAAUGCUUGCGCGUAAAUCCCAUUUGAAUGAACGUCUUGCUUAUUUAAAUGAAGUGGAGAAAAUGAAAGAUUUUCAGUUUGAAUCAUGGCGUCAACGUUAUGUAUCAUGGUUAAGUGCAAAUAAGGCACGUGUUAUUGAUUUGUUUCAUCGUAAAGAUCGUGAUCGAGAUGGUAGACUUACAAGAGCUGAAUUUAUCGAUGGUAUCAUAGAAAUGAAAUUCCAAACAACUCGUGUUGAAAUGGAAACAGUUGCAGAUAUCUUUGAUGCUAAUGGUGAUGGGUAUAUUGAUUAUCGUGAAUGCUUAAAUGCACUACGAGCUAAUUAUAUGAGUUUGGAUAGAGCCUCAUCAUCAAAUACAACGGGUGGUAGCUCAUUAAGUUUAAAUCGCUUUGGUCCAUCAGAUGAAGAAACUAUUAACGAUGAAUUACGACGUCAAGUUGGAUUGUGUACAUGUCAUAAUACUUAUAAGAUUAGAAAAAUGGCAACAAAUAAAUAUCGGUUCGGAGAUUCACAAAAAUUAUGUCUAGUUCGCAUUCUUCGUAGUGCUGUAAUGGUUCGUGUCGGUGGUGGUUGGGUGGCGCUAGAUGAAUUCCUAGUGAAAAAUGAUCCUUGUCGGGAUGCUUGUGAACGCUUGACUAGUAUAGCUGAUUUAGCAAAAGCAGCUGGUGUUGGGCGGAAAGCUCCUGUACACAGUAAUAAUUCACGUUCAAGAUCUGUCAAUAAACGUUCACGUUAUGAUUCUCAUAAUUUAUACCAAUUAAUGAUGAAUGGUCCCGGACAAGAUAAUGCAUUUUACCUUGUUAUGCCUAAUACAAAGCCAAAUCCAGCAAAUCAUAACAGUUGUGGUGUUAAGACAAAUACACUAAAAAAUAGAAAUCAGUCAUCUAUGCUUACCUAUCAACAAUUUCCUCCUUCUAUACAAAAAACAACAUUCGUCUUCUUCAAAGAUGUUUCAUCUUCAUUUCAUAUACUUUUCAAAAAUGUGGUCUUCCCCAACCCUUCUGUUGGCUACAAUUCUUCUUACUUUCAUAAGCUACAACAAAACUAUCCACAUACAUCUACACACACAGAGACAGAUAUUUACGGCAGUUUUGAUUAUCUAGUUGACUGUGAUCAGCUAGAGGAUGCAUCAGCUGCUUCGUUUAUCGGCAAAGAAACGGGGCUUUCUUUAUUUACUUACUCAAUCGAAAUUUGUAUACAUGUCUAG